AUGUACCGAGGACAUCUGCUGAGGAUUCCAUGCUACAAACUCAUGCUGAUUAAUGGAUUUGCUGAUAUUGCUGAUCUUGUGCUUACAUCAUACGUCACAUCCUAUUUUCACUUUUGGGGCUACCUCAAUUCCAGCUUUAAAAAGAAAGCUGUGCGAAAUCACUACAUAUUAGGUUUAUGGUUUGGAGCAUCGUUUAACUGUAUGGUUCUUGCUUUCAAUAGAUUAGUAGAGAUGGUUCCCGCUGCUCGGUUCCUUGGAUUUCUCUAUGAAGGGAAAGUUUUGUACAUGUGGACGUUUCUUUCCAUAUUCUACAUGAUUAUUGUGUGGUUUGUACUGAGACCAAUCCCUUUCAACACAGUUAUAUCAGCAUUUGUUGGCCCACCUAUGAUAGGAGAUCCAGAAUGGGUAAGCCAUUUGCAAAAACUUGUCAAAGUACUGGAAUAUAUGCACUACUCUAUCAAAACUCUAUACGGCGCUUAUUAACG